AGUGGCCAUCGCCCACAGCUAUGUAUUUGUCCUGUUCCACAUCCUUUUUAAUCUUCCGCACAAGGAGGCCACUGCGAUUCCAUUUCUCGGCCGCCCAGUACCCCCAUCUGAUUAACUCAGAUAUGGUUUCAAGUCGGUCGGAUGGCUCUGGUAAAGAACGCUUACGCUGGACACAAGAGCUACAUGAUCUGUUCGAAGUGUCAGUCAGCAAACUUGGCGGCCCCGACAGGGCAACACCGAAGGGCAUAUUGAAGGCUAUGGGCGUUUCUGGACUCACCAUCUACCAUGUCAAAAGCCACUUACAGAAAUAUAGGAUCUCAAAAUUUAUCCCUGAGUCGACCAACAGAGGCAAGUUUGAGAGGAAAAAUCUGUCUGAAUUAUUUCCGAAUUUCAGCACAACAUCGUUGUCUCAACUGAAUGAAGCUCUAAGAAUGCACAUGGAAGCACAGUGCCAACUGAAUGAUGGAACUGAGGUUCAAAGAAGCUUGAAGCUUAAAAUGGAAGCCCAGUCGAGAUAUUUUGACAGAAUUGCAGACGACCACCAUCGAGACCAGACAGCUACCAUUGCAAAACCCAACUACCAGCCUUCCUCUUCAAUAUCACUGCCCCCACUAGAGGAGUCAGAGUCUAAUGCUAAGGAAUUUGAAUCUGAUUCAGAUGGAGACAUAACUCAAAUACAAUCAGAGGAAUUUCAAGCUCUCAAGAGGAUGAAGACUACUACCCAAUACAGUAAUGUUACCAGUACUCCAUGGUUGAGAGAAUCAGAAGUUUCAUAUGGUGCUCAUGAUGGUAUAAGCUUUCCUUGGAAUAAUACUGCAUCCUGCUGCCCUUCGCCUUUAAUGCCUAGCUUUUUCUAGAUUUCAGAAUGUGUGUGAUUUUGCAGAAUAAGAAAGAAAGAAGACCAUAUUGUAAGUGAUAUUUGAUUGUUUUCAUGGUCAUUUACACCAAAAGAGUAUAUUUAUUCAAGAAAGACCAUGAGAACAACCAAACAUGUCUAUAUAGUGAUUGCUAUAUAUAACUAAUUAAAAGAUUGCACUAUUGUAGAAGUAUAGUGUAAUAUAUAUACCAGAUGCAAAUAAACAACUGAAUUUACACUAGCAGUGAGCAAUCUACACUACAUUUUCCAAUGUAUACAAGAGAAAGAUGAAGGGUGCUUAAAACACCAACCCCUGGAUUCAAACAACAGUAAAUGUUUUUUCAUUGCAAAAUAAUUUAAAGGAAAAUAUUGCCUGCUUCAACGAUAAUCAUUUGGGAAAUUCACAUCCAAGAAAGUAGUUCCCCGAAAAACAACAGUGUAUAUGGCAGGCAAGGAAGCACCACCAAGAAAUUACAAACUAAGAUAUUACAGACCAACAAUGCCGGUAAGAACCAUCAUUUCAUUCAUAGUGGACGAUAUAAAGGAUGCUAAAGAUUAAACAAUUCAGGAAUGGGAGAGCAACAACAGAUGUGAUCAAUGAAUUUUAAGUCUGACAGGAGAGAUUUUAAAAUGAAAGAUGCGCUGAAGAUCAACUACCUCAUCGAAAGGGAAAUUAUAGGAUGAAUCAUAAGAACAUUGAAACUGCAGGAUUCCAAACAAAGAGAUAACACACCUAAUUUCUGAGAGAGUUGUCAUUAAUUUUCCAAACCAAGAGUCUGGCCAUGUGAGCAAUGUGAGUGUAAUUUAAGCCGAAAAAAUACACUACGUGAUUUUUGUGUCUCUUUGACAUAAUAUAUUACCGAUUACAUCCUUGAAGAGUACACAUAUAACACAUCC